AAAGAACGUUCGUUCCCCUAGUCCUCUCCCAUUACUCUUUCCGCCUUGUUUAUUUGACCGAGUCAGCCCCCUACUGACUCACCCCCGAGUCGCCUCGACGACUCACCCAAUUUCCUUUUCCUUAAUUCACUUUAUUCACUAAAAAUUCAGCGAAUGAACAAUCUGUAUGUAGUAGUAACCCUCCGCUAAAAUCUCCACUGAAUUCGUCAAAUUCUCACACUUUUUCAUUCGAUGUAUUUAGGGUUUUGAGUGGUGAAGGGUUAGGGGUUUUUGAGCUUCUUCAGCUCUUCUUGCCAAGAUGAUGAUAUCAAGGGGUUUGUUCGGGUGGUCGCCGCCGCACAUACAGCCGCUUACUCCGGUGUCGGAGGUGUCGGAGCCGCCGGAGUCGCCGUCGCCGUACCUCGACACGAGCCCCGAGGGCGUCGCCGUCGAUGUCGAGGAGGAGAUGGAGGAGGAGGAGGAGGAGAUCGAGCCACCGCCCGCCGCCGUCCCCUUCUCGCGGCUCUUUGCCUGCGCUGAUCGCCUCGAUUGGGUCUUGAUGGUGGUGGGAUCGCUAGCCGCCGCCGCUCACGGCACCGCGCUGGUGGUGUACUUGCAUUACUUCGCGAAGAUUGUUCAGUUGCUGAGGUUCGAUCGUUUGGAGAAUAGGGAUGCUCUGUUUGGCGAGUUCAGAGAGCUUACUUUAACCAUCGUCUAUAUUGCUGCGGGUGUUUUUGCAUCUGGUUGGAUAGAGGUCUCAUGCUGGAUUCUUACUGGAGAACGGCAAACUGCAGUUAUCAGAUCAAAAUAUGUUAAAGUAUUACUAAAUCAGGAAAUGAGUUUUUUUGAUACAUAUGGGAACAAUGGAGAUAUUGUAAGCCAAGUUUUGAGUGAUGUGCUGCUUAUCCAGUCUGCUCUUAGUGAAAAAGUUGGAAAUUAUAUUCAUAACAUGGCUACCUUCAUUAGCGGUCUUGUGAUUGGAUUUGUCAACUGCUGGCAGAUUGCUUUAAUAACUUUAGCUACUGGUCCAUUUAUUGUUGCUGCAGGAGGAAUAUCAAAUAUAUUUCUCCAUAGGCUUGCUGAGAAUAUUCAAGAUGCCUAUGCAGAAGCAGCUAGCAUUGCUGAGCAGGCAAUUUCCUAUAGUAGAACCUUAUAUGCAUUUACAAACGAAACGUUGGCCAAGUAUUCAUAUGCAACUUCACUACAAGCCACACUGAGAUAUGGUAUAUUGAUAAGUCUUGUGCAAGGACUUGGACUUGGAUUUACAUAUGGGCUUGCAAUUUGUUCUUGUGCCUUACAGCUUUGGGUUGGAAGGUUUCUGGUAACUCGUGGAAAAGCCCAUGGCGGUGAAAUUGUAACAGCCCUGUUUGCUGUAAUUUUAAGCGGCCUAGGGCUGAAUCAAGCAGCAACAAACUUCUACUCUUUCGAGCAAGGGAGAAUUGCUGCUUAUAGACUCUUUGAAAUGAUAAGCCGUUCAUCCUCUGCUGUUAAUCAUGAUGGAAUUACUCUAGAUUCUGUACAUGGAAACAUUGAGUUUCGAAAUGUAUAUUUCAGCUAUUUAUCCCGUCCUGAAAUUCCCAUCUUGAGUGGGUUCUUCCUCACUGUACCUGCUAAAAAAGCAGUGGCACUUGUUGGAAGAAAUGGCUCUGGAAAAAGCAGUAUUAUACCCCUUAUGGAACGGUUUUAUGAUCCUACAUUAGGAGAAGUCCUUUUGGAUGGAGAAAAUAUAAAGAACCUCAAAUUGGAGUGGCUAAGGAGCCAAAUUGGUUUAGUCACACAGGAACCUGCAUUGCUAAGUUUGAGUAUCAGAGACAACAUUGCCUAUGGGCGGUCUGAUGCUACAUUCGAUCAGAUUGAGGAAGCUGCUAAGAUAGCACAUGCACAUACAUUUAUCAGCUCACUUGCGAAAGGAUAUGAGACACAGGUGGGUAGGGCUGGCUUAUUAUUGACUGAAGAACAGAAAAUAAAACUCUCUGUUGCUAGGGCAGUACUUUCAAAUCCAUCUAUUCUUCUUCUUGAUGAGGUUACUGGUGGACUUGAUUUUGAAGCUGAAAGAUCUGUUCAGGAGGUUCUAGAUCUCCUCAUGUUAGGACGAUCAACUAUUAUUAUAGCCCGGCGGCUUAGCCUUAUAAAGAAUGCUGAUUAUAUAGCAGUGAUGGAAGAGGGUCAACUUGUUGAAAUAGGCACACAUGAUGAGUUAAUAAAGCUGGAUGGCCUCUAUUCGGAGCUUCUCAGAUGUGAAGAAGCAGCAAAACUUCCACGGAGGAUGCCCAUGAUGAACUACAAGGAAACUGCAGCUUUCCAAAUUGAAAAAGAUUCAUCAGCAAGUCACAGCUUCCAAGAACCAUCAUCUCCAAAAAUGGUUAAAUCACCAUCUCUUCAGAGAGUUUCUGGUCUCCAUGCAUUUUGGCCUCCAGAUGUUGCACUCAAUUCACAAGAAUCCCCAGGAGUUCGUAGCCCCUCACCAAAACAAAGGGGGGAAAAUGGUUUGCCCUUGAAUGUUUCUGAUAAGGAACCUUCCAUAAGAAGGCAGGAUAGUUUUGAAAUGAGGCUCCCUGAGUUACCCAAGAUUGAUGUUUUGUCUGGGAAUAAACACACAUCCAAUGCUUCUGAUCCUGAAUCUCCUGUCUCACCGCUCUUGACAUCUGAUCCCAAAAAUGAACGUUCUCAUUCGCAAACUUUUAGCCGACCACUUAGCCCAUCUGAUGACACAUCAGUGAAAAUGAAGGAACCAGUGGAUACACGACAUCGGAAUGCACCAUCAGUUUGGAGGCUUGUAGAGCUUAGCCUAGCAGAAUGGCUUUACGCUGUUUUAGGAAGCAUUGGUGCUGCCAUCUUUGGUUCUUUUAACCCACUCCUUGCCUAUGUUAUCGCGCUGAUAGUUGCAGAAUACUACAAAGAAGGUCAUCGCAUACGUCGUGAAGUAGAUAAGUGGUGUUUAAUCAUUACUUGCAUGGGUAUUGUGACAGUUGUUGCCAAUUUCCUACAGCACUUCUACUUCGGUAUAAUGGGGGAGAAAAUGACCGAACGAGUGAGGAGAAUGAUGUUCUCAGCUAUGCUGCGUAAUGAAGUUGGAUGGUUUGAUGAAGAGGACAACAGUGCUGACAACUUAUCCAUGCGUUUAGCAAAUGAUGCUACAUUUGUGAGAGCUGCUUUUAGCAACCGGCUUUCUAUAUUUAUACAAGACGGUGCAGCUGUUGUAGUGGCUGUUCUUAUUGGGAUGUUUUUACAUUGGCGACUGGCACUGGUGGCUUUGGCAACCUUACCUAUUCUUACUGUUUCUGCCAUUGCACAGAAGUUGUGGCUUGCCGGAUUCUCCAAGGGUAUACAAGAGAUGCACAGAAAGGCUUCUUUGGUUCUUGAGGAUGCUGUGAGAAAUAUUUACACUGUUGUAGCAUUCUGCGCUGGUAACAAGGUUAUGGAGCUCUACAGAUUGCAACUACAAAAAAUAUUCAAGCAGAGCUUCCUUCUUGGGAUGGCUAUUGGUUUUGGAUUUGGCUUUUCACAGUUUCUUCUUUUUGCUUGCAAUGCUGCUCUUCUCUGGUACACUGCAUUCUCUGUUAAAAAUAACUACAUGAAUCUAGCUACUGCUCUGAAGGAGUACAUGGUGUUCUCUUUUGCAAUGUUUGCGCUUGUGGAGCCUUUUGGCUUGGCUCCUUACAUACUCAAACGGCGCAAAUCGCUUAUUUCAGUAUUUGAGAUCAUAGAUCGAGUGCCUAAGAUUGACCCAGAUGAUAACUUGGCAUUGAAACCUCCCAAUGUUUAUGGUAGCAUUGAGUUAAAAAAUGUCGAUUUUUCUUACCCAACCCGCCCGGAAGUGUUGGUAUUGAGCAAUUUUAGUCUCAAAGUCAAUGGGGGACAAACUAUAGCCGUGGUGGGAGUUUCAGGGUCUGGAAAGAGCACUAUAAUAUCUUUGAUAGAGAGAUUUUAUGACCCUGUUGCUGGUCAGGUUUUACUAGAUGGUCGAGAAUUGAAACUUUUCAACUUGAGAUGGUUGAGGAGCCACAUGGGUCUUGUUCAGCACGAACCAGUUAUCUUCUCAACGACAAUAAGAGAAAACAUAAUCUAUGCAAGGCACAGUGCAAGCGAAGCAGAAAUUAAAGAGGCAGCAAGAAUAGCAAAUGCUCAUCAUUUCAUCAGCAGCUUGCCACAUGGGUAUGACACACAUGUGGGGAUGAGGGGUGUGGACCUAACACCGGGACAGAAACAAAGAAUUGCAAUUGCUCGGGUUGUGCUGAAGAAUGCACCUAUUUUGUUAUUGGAUGAAGCAAGCUCUUCCAUUGAGUCUGAGUCUAGCCGAGUGGUGCAAGAGGCUCUGGAUACACUGAUAAUGGGGAACAAAACAACCAUUCUAAUAGCCCAUAGAGCAGCUAUGAUGAGACAUGUAGACAACAUUGUAGUACUUAAUGAAGGGCGAAUAGUAGAGGAAGGCGCUCACGAUUCAUUAAUGGCAAAGAAUGGUUUGUACGUCCGUUUGAUGCAACCUCACUUUGGGAAGGGCUUGCGUCAACAUAGACUUGUUUAGGCGGGGUUUGGGCUUGGUUGUAAUUUGUGCUUGGCCCAUGGGAAAUCUGCCCAUUUUUCAAGUUGCCCAGGACAUUGAUUACUGCUCGUUCUGGAAAAAUUAGGCAGUGAAAGUUUUCCAAAUGGUAAGAAUGAUGAGGUGUUACACAUUUUGAUAUAGGUGGUUUGGUGGCACUGGCAGUGCUGUUGAGAAUGGCUGUUGUGGCUGUGGUGGUUAUAUAGUGAAAUUUGGAGGAUGAGAAUGGUCUUCAAAAUUCAGUUAGCCUGUGAGGACAGGCUCUCAGGCUUAGAUCCAUAUUCUUUUGGAGGCAAGCAUAUCAUUAGAUUAGGGUUGUGCUUCGUCUCCAUGGUAUAUUGAUUCACUAAUUAUAGAAGAGUGCAGUCAGUUGUACCGUCUCUUUGAAGUGGUUGUUACGUCUUUUUCCAGCUUGCUUUCUGUUUGUAUGGUGGAUGAGCUCUCUCUCUCUCUCUCUCUCGGGUUAUUCUCGCCCAUUUUCCUGUACAUCUUUUUUCAUUUGUGAAAAUUCCAUGAGCUUUAUAGGAGGAUAAAGUGAAGAUAUUUGUUGAGACCUUUUGUAUAUAAAAUCGUUGAGAAAAUUUAUCAACUUACAUAUUUUUUUAUUUCAUAAUCA